CUGUUUGCAUUUCUUUCUCAGUUUUCACCUGGGCUCUUUCUCUCUGGUGUGGAGAGAGGGAGAAAGAGGAGUAUUGAGUCUUUUUUUUUUCUCUUGUUUUUGAAGAAACAAUAGUGAAAGUGGCUGUUUGGCAUUCACCAAGAGACGCUGCAGUACAGUAUGGGAUCUGAUGACACAUACAAUUUUGUCUUUAAAGUGGUUUUGAUCGGGGAGUCUGGUGUAGGAAAGAGCAACCUUCUGUCUCGCUUCACCAAGAAUGAGUUCAGUCACGACAGUCGCACCACCAUUGGCGUUGAGUUCAGUACUCGCACCGUUCAGCUCGAUAACCACACCAUCAAAGCGCAAAUAUGGGACACAGCGGGACUGGAGCGCUACAGGGCCAUCACCUCAGCAUAUUACAGGGGGGCGGUCGGAGCUCUUUUAGUCUAUGACAUUAGUAAACACCUUACCUACGAGAGUGCAGAGCGAUGGCUGAAGGAGCUGUACGAACACGCCGACCCACACAUUGUAGUGAUGCUGGUGGGAAACAAGAGGGACCUGGAGAGUCUGAGGACGGUGCCUGAAGAGGAGGCCAGGGCCUUCGCAGACAAAAGAGGUCUUAUGUUCAUGGAAACAUCAGCGUUGGACUCCUUCAACGUUGAAGCUGCUUUCAGUGAAGUUCUCACAGCCAUCCACAUGAAGGUUUCCAGCAAACAAGUGACCCGUGGCUCCAUCAGUGCAGUGACUCUGAGUCCCAGUCGACCGGCGGGUGAGGAGCAGGAAGAGCGCAAAUCCUGCUGCAAGAGCUCAUAACAGACUGAUGCCCCUGUUAAGGAUCUGCCAAACAUGGAAGCAAUGUGAUGCUUGACCUUUUAUAAGUGCUCAGGCAUACGAUCAUUUACACACAAUUGGAAGAGUAAGGUAUCUGUUAGUCACUAUAGCAACGAAUGUACAACACAAACCACUAAAGAAGGAAAACAACAGCAUCAGGACAGGUUAAAGAAGCUCAUUUUAAGAACCUCUAUAUUUUAUACACUGUAUUUUUAAUGCAUAGGUGGCUGAUGGGUGCUUUGUGCUAAUAGAUGGCUGUGCAUUUUUUCACCUUUGUUUUUUUUUUUAAAGUUAUAAAGUUGUACUGAUUUUCUAAAGGAAUGCACUGGGAUCAAUUUGGAAUAAAUUAUUUAUGUUAA